AUGGACAACAGACCCUUGGAUACUCUCCCAACCGAAAUCCUGAUAAACAUCGCAGCGCACCUCGAAGGCGUUCAUUUGCCAGAUCUCUCGUCCUUUGCCCUCACAAGCAAAGCUUGCAACGCUGCCGCCGCGUGCUACUUGUUCAGCGACGUUCACAUCCGAAUCAAACACCCUCGGAAGCUACAUCAAGAUGUCGCAAACUGGCUCGCCAUACUGGGACGUACAAAAGCCACAAGGCAUGUCCGACGCCUUGUGAUGACGUUUGACGACAAGACACUCCAUCACAGUGACCUAUACUCGCCCGAUCGCCUGAGCCUGACGGCCGAGUCGGCCGACAGUCUUAACUAUGCCAAGCGCAUGUUGCCAGAGAACCGCCGCCUUCGCGAUGUCUUUGUGAAUCCCAAGGCAUGGGCUCCUAUGGUCCGGCUGCUAAAGGCCCUGGUCGGUUUAACCGAAAUGGCCAUUGAGCACGAGAGCAGCUUUUCGCCCUACCUCCUCGAAGCGCUUGGGACCCAGCACACCAAGUGCCUGCUAGAUCUCAGGUACUUUGACCUUCACUGCAUCCAAGGUGCCCCUCUGAACCUAUACGAUGUGGCACUGCUUCUGUCGCCCCAGUUACACAGCAUCACAAUCAAGGAGUACUUUCAGUCAUUUACCGGCCAUACGAACGAAUCGGUUGUGUCCAAGCUCGUCAAAGGUCUGUCGCCGAGCCUUAGGAUGGUAGAGCUGGAAUCGGUCUUCGGAGCCAGAUAUCAUCGGAGAUGCAACCCGGAAUUCGAAACCCAGUUGCAAUCUCUGAUAUCCCAGGCAAUGGAAAACAACCUCAAAUAUUGGAACAACUCAGCGACAGGCACCAUCACACCCAAACUCGGCUCAAUACCUUUCUUGUCCCUGCAGAGGACCAGUCCGGAGAGAGUACAGGCGUGGGUAGAAACGACCGACUUCGCAGUGUUGCGCCAUCUAAGGCUGAACGCAAGAUCGAGAGAGCUGCGCUGGCUUGCACAACACGCCAAAUUCCGCUGCCUCGACAGUCUAGAGCUGCAUAAUGGAGGCUACAUCGGCGCUCCUUCGGACGCGGGAAACAUGGACGCACUAGAGAACGCCGCUGUAGAUUUCCUAGCCGUUAUCCCUGCGUUGACAUCGCUAUCGCUUGAGGGCCAGCUGACUUUGCCAAUGUUCCUUUUCGCCAUCUCUCAAUUUGGCGAAACACUGCGGAAAUUGAAGCUUAGACCAACCGGGAACGGUUUCUUCCCGGCAGAAGAUAUCAGACUUGGCUCGGAACACAUCAACAUGCUCGGCCCUGCUUGUCCUUUGUUGGAGGACCUGACGAUCACGGUUGCCGUCCCCUCGUUCCGUUUGCCAUCGACGGAGUUGACGGGGGUAUGCGAGGGUCUCGCACGAAUCCGGCGCCUUCGAAGUCUUUACUUGACCCUCCGUUCGACAACAGAAGAGGACCCUAUGAAGUUGAUUUUACGAAGAAGGCCUCGAAUCCACCGCAACGGGAGAAUCCGAUCGCCAGACACGCCACCGGAAGGACUCGCAAAUGAGUUAGUGAGGUCGACUUGGGACGCCAUCUGUGAGCAUGGCUCUCGCUUGAAGUUGCUGCAGAUGGAUACUCUCUACCGGUGGAGCGGCACGCGCAAGUCUGAUAAAGUCCACCAGGUGCGCACAGUUGGGGCCAUGGGCGAAGAAACCGUGGCAGAGGUGCUGUAUAGACGGAAUGGCAUACUGAGGUGGCGCGAAUGA